AACCCGUUCAAAACAAUCAUGGUAUUUUCUUUUCUUUUUUUUUUUUUCUUUAAAAAAAAAAAUAAUUGAACUCAUAAUUUUUAUUUUGAGAUUCAUUGAUUAUCUAUAGUCAAGAAGACACAUUGAGUGAAAACACAGAUGAUACAAUAACCAAACAUAGAGUAAAUAUUUAUUUUUAAUUAUUCUAACUUUUCAUUUGUAUAUAUUCUACUUUUAGUCGUACGUGUCAGACAAUGAAAGUAAUAGAUUUAAACAAUUGGAUUAUGACGAUAUUCAAUUAGUUUUAGAAUGUGAUAAAAUAACUGAUACAUUAAGUGUACCAUUUCGAAUUCGAGAUUCAUAUUGUGUUACUGAAUCAGAUUUAGAGCUUGAAUUAGCUGCACUUGAAAUGAACAAGGAAAUAACAGCACCCUUAAGUAUUCUCACACAUCAGACAGAUAUUUAG